UCAGCAGCAGAAGAAGAAGAAACAGCUGAUCUCCAGCUGAAAGCUCCGGAAGCUUUCUGUGUUUGAGUCCAGAACCGGAGCAGACCAGGACCCGGAGCAGACCCGGACCAGGACCCGGAGCAGACCCGGACCAGGACCCGGAGCAGACCCGGACCAGGACCCGGAGCAGAACAGGACCAGGACCCGGAGCAGAACCGGGAGCAGACCCGGACCCUGAGCAGACCGGGACCGGGGUUAGCAGCUGUUAGCAGCUGUUAGCAGGCGUCAACAUGAGCCGAUCAGCUGUGAAACCCAGAGACCAGGACGAAGAGGACGACUUCUACGACUGCCAGGAGACUCUGCAGGAGGAGCAGGGAGACAGGCUGCAGGAGGAGCAGGGAGACAGGCUGCAGGGAGACAGGCUGCAGGAGGAGCAGGGAGACAGGCUGCAGGAGGAGAAGGGAGACAGGCUGCAGGGAGACAGGCUGCAGGAGGAGAAGGGAGACAGGCUGCAGGAGGAGCAGGGAGACAGGCUGCAGGAGGAGCAGGGAGACAGGCUGCAGGAGGAGCAGGGAGACAGGCUGCAGGAGGAGCAGGGAGACAGGCUGCAGGAGGAGCAGGGAGACAGGCUGCAGGGAGACAGGCUGCAGGAGGAGCAGGGAGACAGGCUGCAGGAGGAGCAGGAGGAGCAGGGAGACAGGCUGCAGGAGGAUUCAGACGGUGGAGCUGAGUUUGAUGAUGAAUAUCUGAGGGAGGAGCAGAAGGAGCUGACGGAGGAGGAGAGAGAGAGUCGACGGCAGCAGAGUUUAACUGUGAAGGAGAAAGGCAACAGUCACUUUAAAGCUGGAGACUGGUUGGAGGCGGAGCAGAGCUACACAGAGUCGUUGGUUUUGUGUCCGGUGUGUUUCAGCAGAGAGAGAGCCGUGCUGUUCUCCAACAGAGCUGCUGCCAGACUGCACAUGGAUCUGAAGGAUCAGGCGAUCUCAGACUGCUCCAGAGCGAUAGAGCUGAACCCCGACUACGUGCGGGCGCUGCAAAGAAGGGCGGAGCUUUACGAGCAGACUGACAAACUGGACGAAGCUCUGGAGGAUUAUAAGAAGGUUCUGGAUCAAGACCCGAACCACAGCGCUGCCAGGAGGGCCUGCAUGAUGCUGCCUCAGCAGAUCCAGGAGAGGAAUGAGAAGCUGAAGGAGGAAAUGAUGAGUAAACUGAAGGAUUUGGGGAAUCUGAUCUUGAGGCCUUUCGGUCUUUCUACCAACAACUUCCAGCUGAACCAAGACUCCGACACGGGAUCCUACUCUGUUAACUUCGUCCAGAAGCCUGGAGACACGUGAUGAUGAUGUCACUGAUGACCUCAUCGAUGAUGAUGAUGACAUCACUGCUCCUUCUGUGUGCUCAACCAAAUAAAAGCUGCUGCACUUGU